UCGCGCUGCGCGCUCCCGGGGAAGCUCGAGUUGAGCCAAGGAGUCAAGGCGAAAGCAGCGGAACGCGCCAGGACUACGGGGGGACAGGCUGCCGCUGGAAAAAUCCAAUAGAAAUACAAAUAAGAGAAAAAGAACAUACAACACGGGCGGAAUGCCCUGAGAUGACAGCGCGGCGAGCACGAUGAGAGCCGCUGUCGCCUCACAGGAAGGUCAUCCCCGACGAGCGAGCAGUGCGCAGACCGCACGGAUAUCUGGAGUACACACACUCGACUGCGAGUGAAGACCCCCGAGACAGUGGGACCGGUGACCCGGCUUUUGGUUUCAGAAAACAACGGCAUGGGGGGAAUGACAACUCGACACGGCAGCACGAGCUAGAAGAUCUGACGAGUGGAAAGAGGACAGUGAAUAAGAACCUCAUUGCGGAGAGGAACUGCGCACACGGGAACCUCGGCUGGUUCUCCUCGUCUGUAGGCCGGCAGGCUCCAGUAUCGCAGCUGAUGACUGUCCCUCAGGUUGCUGGACUACAGGGCUGAGUCGGAAGCCUGUGUGUUUGCUGAGGGGGUGCCCCGGCUUGUAUGUUGGUCACUUGCAGUUGCACUCACUCACAAGGACCAUGUGGUUUUCUCCAAGGAGAGGUCAUCUCCCCUCGCAGAACUGGAACGGUGCCCACAGUUGCACCAAUUUCAGCGUGUCCUUGUGGGUAUUAAGUUUUUGUUGGUGCUUUGCAGCCGUGAGAGGACAGAACUACCACCCCACUGUGAACACGCAGUAUGGGAAACUGCGAGGGGUGAGGGUGCCACUGCCAAGUGAGAUUCUGGGGCCGGUGGACCAGUAUCUUGGGGUUCCGUACGCCGCCUCCCCAGUGGGAGAAAAACGAUUCAUGCCCCCAGAGCCCCCUUCUUCCUGGUCAGGGAUCAAGAACGCCACCCACUUUGCUCCUGUCUGCCCCCAAAAUAUUCACAAUGCUGUGCCAGAGAUCAUGAUGCCAAUAUGGUUCACCUUCAACCUGGAUAUAGUUACCACAUAUAUACAGGAUCAACAUGAGGAUUGUCUCUAUUUAAACAUCUAUGUUCCGACAGAGGAUGUCAAAAGAAUAUCCAAGGAAUGUGCCAGGAAACCCAACAAGAAAAUGUGUAGAAAAGGAGGGGCCCAUGCAAAAAAACAGGGCGAGGAUAUAUCGGAUAACGACGGUGAUGAAGACGAAGACAUACGAGACACCGGUGCCAAGCCUGUGAUGGUCUACAUCCACGGAGGAUCCUACAUGGAGGGGACGGGCAACAUGAUCGAUGGGAGCAUCCUGGCCAGCUACGGAAAUGUCAUCGUUAUCACUCUCAACUACCGUGUCGGAGUCCUCGGCUUCCUCAGUACUGGUGACCAGGCUGCCAAAGGGAACUACGGGCUCCUCGACCAGAUCCAGGCUCUAAGGUGGAUCAGCGAGAACAUCGGAUUCUUCGGCGGAGACUCCAACCGCAUCACUGUGUUCGGUUCUGGGAUCGGAGCUUCCUGCGUCAGCCUGCUCACCCUCUCCCACCACUCUGAAGGUCUGUUCCACAGAGCCAUCAUUCAGAGCGGGUCAGCCCUGUCCAGCUGGGCGGUGAACUACCAGCCGGUCAAGUAUACGCGUCUCCUGGCGGAGAAGGUGGGCUGUAAUGUCCUGGACACCUUAGACAUGGUGGACUGUCUGAGGAAGAAGAGCUCCAGGGAGCUGGUGGAGCAGGACAUACAACCGGCGAGGUACCACGUGGCCUUUGGACCUGUAAUCGACGGCGACGUUAUCCCCGAUGACCCCGAGAUCCUGAUGGAGCAGGGCGAGUUUCUCAACUACGACAUCAUGCUGGGGGUGAACCAGGGCGAAGGGCUGCGUUUUGUGGAGAACGUGGUGGAUUCCGAGGACGGCGUGUCUGGGAAUGACUUUGACUUCUCCGUCUCAGACUUUGUGGACAGUCUGUACGGGUACCCAGAGGGCAAGGACACGCUGAGGGAGACCAUUAAGUUCAUGUACACAGACUGGGCAGACAGAGACAAUCCAGAGACCAGGCGCAAGACGCUGGUGGCUCUGUUCACCGAUCACCAGUGGGUAGAGCCGUCAGUGGUGACGGCUGAUCUCCAUGCUCGCUAUGGCUCUCCCACCUACUUCUACGCCUUCUACCACCACUGCCAGAGCCUGAUGAAGCCCGCCUGGUCGGACGCCGCCCAUGGGGACGAAGUGCCCUAUGUUUUUGGGAUUCCAAUGAUUGGUCCCACUGACCUUUUCCCCUGUAACUUUUCAAAGAACGAUGUCAUGCUCAGUGCGGUGGUGAUGACCUACUGGACCAACUUUGCCAAGACCGGGGAUCCCAACAAACCGGUUCCCCAAGACACCAAGUUCAUCCACACCAAGGCCAACCGCUUUGAGGAGGUGGCCUGGUCCAAGUACAACCCCCAGGACCAGCUGUACCUGCACAUCGGCCUGAAGCCACGUGUGCGCGACCACUACCGCGCCACUAAAGUGGCCUUCUGGAAACACCUAGUGCCCCAUCUGUACAACCUCCACGACAUGUUCCACUACACCUCGACCACCACCAAAGUGCCCCCGCCGGAGACAACGCAGAACACCCUGUCCACCAAGAGGCCCAACGGGAAAACCUCCUGGCCAUUCAACACCAAGCGGCCUCCCAUGUCCCCGGCCUACAACAGCGAGGACAAAGACUCUUGGAAUGACGACGAGGUGACGGGACCGCUGGUGGUGGAGAAUCCACGGGAUUAUUCCACAGAGCUCAGCGUCACCAUCGCCGUUGGAGCCUCGCUGCUGUUCCUCAAUGUGCUGGCCUUCGCAGCCCUCUACUAUCGCAAGGACAAGCGGCGGCAGGACUCCGGCCACGGGCAGCCCAGCCCACAGCGGCAGACCACCUCCAACGACAUUGGCCACCACGCACCCGAGGAGGAGAUCAUGUCGCUGCAGAUGAACCAGACGCACCACGAGUGUGAGGCAGGGAACAGCAACGAGGGGGCACUCCGCUUGGCCUCGCUGCCCGACUACACGCUCACGCUGCGGCGCUCUCCAGAUGACAUCCCCCUCAUGACGCCCAACACCAUCACCAUGAUCCCCAAUUCCCUGGUGGGCAUGCCCAACCUGCACCCCUACAACACCUUCACAACCGGCUUCAACUCCACCGGCCUGCCGCAUUCCCACUCAACCACCCGUGUAUAGCUUUAGGAGGCCAGGGGCAGCCGGCGCAGGCGGCAGCGGGGUGGGAGGCUGGUGGCGGUGGAGGAGGAGGUGGUGGGGGAUGAACAAACGGAGAAGAGGAUUGUGUUUU